AUGCCUAGUCCUUCCGUCAUUAUCGUUGGCGCUGGUGCCGGUGGUCUUGCUACCGCAGCCCGGCUAGCCCAGCAAGGGUGCAAAGUGAAAGUGUUCGAGAAACAGGGCUUCGUAGGCGGAAGAUGCUCGCUGAUUUCUACCAAAGGCUAUCGGUUCGAUCAAGGACCCUCACUACUUCUGAUGCCCGAGAUCUUUGAGGAGACAUUCCAAGAUCUCAAAACCUCACUAAGUGAAGAAAACUUGAAAAUAUUGAAAUGUGAUCUCAACUACUAUAUAUGGUUUCCAGAUGGGGAUACUGUUGAAUUAUCGACCGAUCUAUCGCGCCUGAAGAAGGAGGUUGAGCGACACGAGGGUCCGAAUAGCUUUUCCAGACUCUGUGCAUUCCUGGCAGAGGCGGGGAGAAACUAUGAGCUCUCUUUGACCUAUGUCCUUCGCAGGGACUAUCCGGAUUUUUUUGCACUGCUUCGACCUGACUUCCUAUGGGCUAUGCUAUGGAUGCGCCCGUGGUCCACUGUGUAUGGUCGCGUGUCGCGAUACUUCCACUCUGACAAGAUGAGAAGGGUAUGGACAUUUGCUUCCAUGUACAUGGGAAUGAGUCCCUAUAAAUCACCCGGUACAUAUUCUUUGUUACAAUACAGUGAAUUAGUCGACGGUAUUGGCUAUCCCGAGGGUGGGUUUCACACAAUCAUGGAAGCCCUUAAGCACAUUGGUGAAAGAUCCGGUGUCCAAUAUUUCUUAGACUCACCCGUGAGAUCUGUGAUACUCGAUAAAGAUAACCGCUCAGCACGAGGGAUCUGUCUUGAUUCCGGUGAAGAGUUAUAUGCCGACCUUGUUGUGCUGAAUGCAGAUCUUGUUUACGCAUAUAAUGAGCUACUCCCAUCGUCUCGUGAAGCUUGCUCUCUUCGAUCGCGCCCAACAUCGUGUAGCAGCAUAUCCUUCUUCUGGGCAUUCGAUGAAGUACUCCCUCAUCUGAAAACACAUAACAUUUUCCUCGCAGAGGAGUAUCAAUCAAGUUUCGACUCGAUCUUCGAUGAUCACAGUAUCCCAGAGGAGCCCUCUUUCUACGUCAAUAUUCCAAGUCGUGUUGAUCCCACUGCGGCUCCCGUGGGGAAAGACGCAGUUAUUGUUCUUGUUCCUGUCGGACACCUUGUUCCACCCACAACGUCUUGCCCUGCCCAAGAUUGGGAUAUCCUGGUGGAAAAAACAAGAAGGACUGUUCUCAAUGCUAUUGAACACCGGACCGGUCUCAAGGAUCUGGAAAGGAAGAUUGUGUUCGAAAAGAACGAGACACCUCUUACAUGGAAGUCAAAAUUCAAUCUCGACCGUGGCGCCAUUCUGGGGCUGUCCCACUCUUUCAGUAAUGUGUUAACAUUCAGACCUAAAAACAAGCACCCAAAUAUCGAAAGUCUCUACUUUGUGGGUGCUAGCACACAUCCCGGUACCGGAGUUCCAGUUUGUCUCGCAGGUGCUAAACUUGUAUCCGAGAGGAUCAUGAGAGAUUAUCGGACAGGUGAAAGCGAGCCAAAGGGGUGGAUGCUGAAAAUCCUUAUUGCAAUUGCUACUCUACUCCUCGCUAUUUUUUCGUGGAAUGCCAGUGAGAUGGGUAUGGGAAAAUUGUCCUACCGUUCGAUCGGAUUCUAG